CGUCAUGCCUCUGCACCAGCCAGUCCUGAGCACCUGAACCAUGUUGAGAAUUACAGUCCUCGCUGCCAUCCUGGCCUGCGUCUCCAGCUGCGGGGACCCCACCUUUCCACCCAGCCUGUCAGCCAGAGUGGUAGGAGGAGAAGAUGCCGUCCCCCACAGCUGGCCUUGGCAGAUCUCUCUUCAGUACCUCAAGGAUGACACGUGGAGGCACACGUGCGGGGGCAGUCUGAUCACCAACAGCCACGUCCUCACCGCCGCCCACUGCAUCAACAAAUCCUUCACCUACCGAGUGGGCCUGGGGAAGUACAAUCUGUCGGUGGAGGACGAGGAAGGCUCCCUGUACGCAGCGGUGGACACCAUCUAUGUCCAUGAAAAGUGGAACUCCCUCCUGCUGGUGAAUGACAUUGCCAUCAUCAAGCUGGCUGAGCCUGUGGAGCUGAGUGACACCAUCAAGGUGGCCUGCAUCCCAGAAGAAGGUUCCCUGCUGCCUCAGGACUACCCCUGCUAUGUCACCGGCUGGGGUCGCCUCUGGACCAAUGGCCCCAUCGCCGAAGUGCUCCAGCAGGGGCUGCAGCCCAUUGUGAGCCACGCCACGUGCUCCAGACCGGACUGGUGGUUCAUCAGGGUCCGAAAGACUAUGGUGUGCGCCGGGGGUGACGGUGUCAUCUCUGCCUGUAACGGGGACUCCGGUGGCCCACUGAACUGCCGAGCAGAAGACGGUUCGUGGCAAGUGCACGGCAUCGUGAGCUUCGGCUCAGGUCAAGGCUGCAACACACUCAAGAAGCCAGUGGUCUUCACCCGAGUGUCUGCCUACAAUGACUGGAUCAAUGAGAAAAUACAACUGUGAAGAGGCAGUUCCAGAAGCCCGGCAGCCCACCUCCUAACAUCAAUAAAGCUCCUUCCAUGAA